UACGCAUUUGCUCGUUCAGUAUAUUGCUCAGUGGCACCGUAUGACUCUGAUGCUAGAGUUAGUGGGCUUGCGCCACGCUAGCGCACAGUAUAUUACGAGUGUUCUCUCAUUUCUUUAAGUCAAAUGAUACUUUUCAAUUCUUUCACGUCGUGAUCCUUUUUUCUCUCUUUCCCUUUUUUCCAUUCUUUCUUUUUGUUUUUCCGUGCCUAUUUUUCAACUUCCUUGUUUAUUUUCCUACUUUCUUAUAUUUAUAUCUAUAUUUACGUAUCUUUCUUGCAAGCACUGCAAUAUUUCGUCAUUAGUGAAGCUUUUCAGUGACCAUUUAUUUGUCAAUCAUUCUAAGAGGAAGAAGCAAAAGGAAGAUGAAGAAAAUCUUUAGACUAAGAUUUGUAAUUAUUACUCUAUGCAGCAUCAUUUUGUUUUUGUGCUACAACGGUGUCAAUGCUAUGCAAUGUUAUCAAUGUAACAGCCGCAAUAAUAGCCAAUGUGCCGAUCUUGUUCCUCCUGAUACCAUGAAGAUAGAUUGUUCGGAUCUUAAAGAUGGUGCAAAGUAUACAAUGUGCCGAAAAAUUACACAAGUCAUCGAGUUUAGCGUCAAUGGCUUACCACCUGAUACGCGAGUUAUUCGAGGAUGUGGAUGGGAUGAGUCAAAUUAUAAAGGCAAGUGCUAUCAACGAAGUGGCUUUGGUGGUAGACAAGAAGUUUGUUCCUGUUUGACUGACUAUUGCAAUUCGGCAACGCCUGGAUCUGGAAUGCUGCCUCAACAUUUCUUUUUUUCAUGCGUCAUGAUCAGCCUACUACUAAUGUUUCUGUGGAAUUAAAUAUUCUUAAAAGAUAAUCGAAUUCUCUGUAGACGUUAGUUAUAAGAUUAUGAUGGAGGCUAGAUUAGAAAUAAUAGAAAUAAUAAUAUCAACUUUUUACUAAUGUCAAGUUAAACAGUAGAUGGUUCAAAUAAUAAACGUACUCAUAUUGAAGCACAA